AUGAACAACGCUUUCAUGACAAACAGGGGUACGGCGUAUAUCCUCUAUCGCGACCCUGCGGAUGCUGAAGCUGCGAUAUCGCACAUGCACGAAGCUCAAUUGGAUGGUGCCGUUCUAAAUGUUUCCAUUGUACUUCCCAGGAGAGCCUUCUCACGCUCGCCACCCCCAGCACAGGAUAGGAGAGGUGGCCCAGGCCGUCGCAGAUUGGAACACGGACAGUUUCUAAAUAAUCGAUCUUCCCGCACAUUCAGAUCUCCGCCUUCGAGACGAUAUGGUGAUUCAAGGCCCAUGGAAAGACAUGAUUUAUAUCGUCCGCGCUCUCUAUCGCGGUCUAGAUCACGCAGGCGCUCCAUGUCCACAGAUUCGGAAUCGUCAUCUCCUUCUUCAUCAAGACGACAAACUCACGCCCGCGGAAGAAGCCCCAGGCAUCGUAAACGUCGCAGCCCUAGUUACAGCAGCUAUGGGUACAGCAGUCAGAGCGACCGAAGUCGAAGCGCCAGCAGAAACCGGGUUUGA